CAUUUCUUCUUUCCUGCAAGGAACACCCGGGGUUUUUAUAUCCGUGACGCUUGUGCAUAUCGAUUCCUUUUUUUUUCUCUCUUACUCCUCCUUCCAAAAUUAAAAUGAACGAUUUGGAUAGUCCACCGCUAGCAAACGUAUCGAAUCUAUCUCACCAUUAUGCUGUCAAUCGACGUGUUGCCCGACCUCGCAGCUUAAUUCCCGAUAGCGAUGUUCCUAAUCUUGCCGUGCGAUGGUUCCAUGCCAUAGAUAAUCCAAUUACAGACCCCAUCUCAGUCCGAAAGGCGAAAAGUUUGUCAAGACGAUCAACACAAACGUCAACUUCAUCGCCGUCAACUAAUUCUAGUAUGGGCUCACCAAAGAAGCUGCCUCCCAAAGAGUGGCUACCGUUUUCUAAAAGAGACUCGAAUGCCCUCGAAAAAGCAUAUCAAAACAAUGAUGUCAGGGCCAAAGUACUUGUAAACGAAGACCAUUUGUUCGAAGUGGAUGUGACAGCACGCACGAUAAGCCCCGUUUAUUGGGAAGGUCCAAUCUAUGAAGUCCGGCGCGCAACAUGGUUCAUCCAAGGCGAUGGGUCAAAGUGGGUUCCAUGUGAAGAGAGCUUGGCGGAACAAAUUGAAUUGGGCUAUUACAAACACAAACCAUAUUUGAUGGCUGAAGACCCAAUCACUACUACUACUACAAACCCGUCAUCUACUUCGAGUCUCUAUCCAGAGGAAAAGCAACAAGAAGACAAAGAUGACGCAGAGUUACAAAGAUCCGCAACAGCCAUCGAAGAAAAAAAGCUGGAAAUCAGUUUGGAACAGAAACCGGUAGAGAAGCAGUGGAAUUUGCUUGGGCCGUAUCUUGGACAAUAUAUUGUAUACACGGGUACCAAUACAGCGUGGCUAUUAUACAACACAGCCGGAAGCAAGAUUGCCAAAAGUAUUAUUACUCGACUGACGAACCGAUCCAAUUUGGGCGGCACACGGUUACUUCGAGGAUACCCGGAGGUAGAGAAACAAAGCAAGCCCAAAACUGCCAAUUCACCGAAAACGAUGGAACAAGAAAAGGCGGGCAAAGAGAACGAACGUAGUAUCGACGAUAUCACGAUGGCGCAAGAACAGGUCGAAGGAUAUGAUAAUGAAGAUAGCGAGGAGGAAAUGCGACCGAUCGAUCAUUUAAUAUUUGUCAUACAUGGAAUUGGUCAGAAAAUGUCAGAAAGAAUGGGUCAAAACUUUACUCAUGAUGUCAAUGUAUUGCGAAAAACAUUAAAAUCUGCUUAUCCAACAGCCAUAUCUGCUACAAACAGUCCUCAACGCCCUAAUGGUAUACAGGUUCUGCCUAUUUUAUGGAGACAUGAAAUCACAUUUGGCGUAGCAAGUGAUGACGAAGAGGGUCUUGAAAUGGACCUAGGUAUGGUUGGAGCAGACGAUGGACAUCCAACUCUGGACGAACUCACUCUGGAAGGCGUACCCAAUAUCCGUCUGGUGGUAUCCGAUGUUCUUUUGGAUGUUCCUCUCUAUCUUACACAAAAAUACCGUGACCAAAUGACAUCUAUAAUCAUUAAGGAAAUCAAUCGUGUGUAUCGACUCUUUGUUCAAAGAAACCCGGAAUUUUUAGAGAAACAAGGCAAGGUUACUAUUAUCGGACACUCGCUUGGCUCUUUACUUGCGUUUGACGUACUAAGCACACAACCACAGAUGAACUACUCCAAACCCACAUCUAUAUCUUUACUCGACGACGAAAAAAGCUCCUCUUCGACCGACAAAAAGAACAGUGCGGCACUGCUGUUUCCAGUACAAAACUUUUUUGCAGUAGGAUCUCCACUUGGCGUCAUUCUACUGUUGCGAGGUUACAAGAUUGCGUCACGGAAAUGCCUCGAGGCUGACCAGAUGAACGAUAGCGCCGCCAAUUUCGGUAACAUGUCGUAUACCCCUUCCACGAUAUCAUUCUGCUAUCCAGCAGUAGACAACUUAUACAAUAUUUUCCAUAAGUCGGAUCCAGUUGCUUAUCGACUCGAACCAUUGAUUGCCCGGCAAUACACAGCGAAACUCAAACCAGUUCCUAUCGCAUACAUCAAGGGAGGCUUAAAAAGCGUCAUUGAUGCAGGUUUUAGCGUCGGAUCCGGUAUCGCAAAUCGAGCUGGUGCCAUGUUUGAAUCCGUCAAGAUGGGUUUUACGACAAGUUUAUUCAUGCGUGGUCUGGGUCUUUCACGACAGAUGGAAGAAGAGUUAAAUCAGCAACAUCAGCAGCAGCAGCAGCAAUCUGAUUCAGUAGAACAAAAACAAGAAGACGUAGAGCAGCUAUACUCCUCCUAUCGAUCAACUCCACCCACUCCUGAUGAACAUUAUCUGCGCUCUAGAUCACGAAGCGACCCUGCAUUAGCCGAAAAAUAUCGAAGGAGGUCUGCAUCCAUGUCAUCUGGUGAAUUAUCGGGAGCCGAAAAGCUCCAAAUGCUCAACAAAAAUGGACGCGUCGAUUUUUGUUUACAAGAAGGCAUUUUAGAAAACCCAUAUUUGAGUGCAUUCAGCGCGCAUAUGACAUACUGGCAGGACUUGGAUGUUGCAGCAUUCCUUGUGCGCGAGAUAUAUACGACAAAUAAAUGUACAUAGCAUCA